AUGAAGCUUGAAUUGAUUAUUGAAAAGAAUGUUAUUUUAAAACGUGAUAAACCUUGGUCACAGUUUUAUUCUCUGAACGAUCAGGAACUUCUCUGUUAUAAUGAACAGAAAAAGUUCGAAUCGGCUAAUUCCUCGAACGGGAAAAUCGAACAUGUAUCAAAUAAAACAAUAAUUAAUGUGUCGAAAUCGUCUCUUGCUCAUUGUUUAUCCGCCAACGGUCAAUUCUGCGCAUUUCUCUCCCCAAAUUAUGAUAUAACGAUUUGGAAUAAAGAAAAAUUAAUUCGAACCACAACAUCCUGUACAUCCGCGAUCAAUGCAAUUAAAACUACACCAUAUAUUCACAUUAGUAACACUGGUGAUCAAGCUGUUCUCAUUCUACGACAACCAUGUCGAGUAUUUCUUUGGCUGAGAUCUCUUCAUUCAUUGUCAAUUUCAACUAAGAGUCAUCAUAAAAGUCCUAUCUGCUCCAGUAUUGGACAUCGUUCGACAGAUGAAAUCGGUACUUGGCAUGAAGUGGUGCUAACAAAUAAACAACUGGAUGCGAUGAAUGAUGCGAAAUAUCAGAUAUCAUCGGAUGUUUUCUUUCACUCAAAACAUCCCUCGAUUACUUGCGCUUUUACCUUUACCGAUCCAGUAGGUUAUGUUCAAAUCAAUCGUCUCGAUAUCGAAUGGAAAUCAACUAUCUAUGCUGAGCAAUCCGUAUCAUAUUCAUUCGAAACUCUUCAAAUUCCGUUAAAUCCUUCGUGUACGGCAAUACACUCUAUUCGUUUUGCACAUACAUCACCGAUUGUAGCAAUUAGUUUAACAACAAAUGUUCUAUUCGUUUCAUUGACAACUAUCGCAUUUUCGAAAUUACUUCCUGUAAACUGUUUGUUUGUUACAUCUCCCAGUCAUCAACAGGUUCGUAUCAACGAUUUAGCAUGGAGUUUCGAUGAUCAGUUUAUAAUUGGUUUAACAAAUCGUGGUGCUCUGUUUUUUCUCAAUCGUUUCGGCUCGCAAAUCAAGCUAGUUACUCAAGGCGAAUGUAUUACUCAAGGACCAUCCCCAUUCGUUAUUGUUCAUCCAUUAAUUGGUCAAGAUAGUGAAGCCACCAGUCACCUCGGUUUAGAUUCGUUUAUGAGAUCAAUCGUACCGUUUCCUAAUGACGAUAAAACCAAACAACAAACGUAUUCUUUAACGAUCAAUCCAACAAAAUCGAUAUUUUAUUGCAGUGAUGGUUAUCGCCUAGCUCGUUUAACAUAUUCAAGUAAAAUUCGGGAUAGACGAUUCUAUGAUCCGUUACUUUAUUUAUACUUAACCGAUUUGAAUCACCAGGAUGAUCAACAUUCGAUAUUCAUACACAAAACACGGUCAUUAGAUGAUCUUCCAAAGGCUAUUGAUCGUUUCGACACGGAAAGUCUUCGCAGUGGCGGAGCAGGAUUAUACAUUUCGUCGAAGUACGGAAGUUUAACUUCGUUACCAAUUGAUGAUUUACCUCAAUUAUCAUUAGAUGAUAUCUUUUCUGCCUAUCAUCUUCUUCUCACAUCAUCCGAACGUGUUCAACAUGAAAUAUGUGCAUGUCUUGAACGUACAACACAAAAUCUAUUGAUCUCAUCCGAUAAUCAAGAUAUUCUCACUUCAGUCCAACUAUCUCAUUGUUUAACAAAUCUUCUUCUAUCAUCAUCGUUUGGUUCGUUGACAUUUUCGCAUCUUUCAUGUUUAACAAAAUUUCUUCCACUAUUCAUUCACAUCUUUCAACAACAGACGACAGUUGUGAACGAUCCGGAAUUGUUACAACUGUGUAUUGUACGUAUUGUUGAACAAUGGUUACAAUCAGUUCUGUUUAUCCCAACACGUUUGAAUACAUUUGAGCUCUGCCGACGGCAGAAAUUGGAUAGCAUUGCCGAAGAGGAAAGAAAUUUUCGACUAUGUAAAGGAAUUAAACAACUCGAAUUAUUGCAAGGCACGAAUAUUAAUCUAGAUGAAUUCUUAGCAUCAAAUUUACCCAAUCAACAUUUGAACGCACAGACCAUCGAUUCUCGAUACAAUCGAAUAACGCUCCUUCGUUCAUGGUAUGCACUUUGGACUGCAAUUGAAAGGAAAUCUCGUCGUAAUAAACAAAACCUGCCGAAAUACCUAACGACAAUGCGUCUCUUUCUUCAAACAAUUCUUCAUUCUUAUCCAUCAUUGAACACAAUUCAUUUCGUACCGUAUGGUCGUCCAAUCGAUUUAAAUGAUCUUUUCCCACCAGUGAUCACCUCAGUUGAUCAUCCAUUACAUAAAAAAGGUUAUUCAACAAUGAAUGAGCGACGGAAACAACGUCGUCGAACAGCAAAUCCUGUCGAACAACCUAGUUCUGCACGUUCCUAUCGUCGUGGAAAACCGCCAACCGAAGCACGUAAAGCUCUUGUUCUUCAUCGUGUUCUCUACAGUUUACUUGAACAAUACAACAUACGCGAUGCUGUUUGUAUACUAAACGUUGCCCUACGACGAGAAACAUCACUCGUAUCAUCGUGUUUACCACUGGAUUUGUUUAGUGCGAAUCUAUUUCAAUAUAUCGAUACACGAACACAUUUCGGUAUGCCUGGUCAUGCUCUACGAUCUGUUCUACGUACUCUCGCACGUUUUAUGGCUCGAUCGAUGAUAAUUAAUGAGAAAAAUCAAGAACAGCAAGAACUAUUCAUCUAUUCGAUUGAUUCAGCAUAUCCUCUACCGAAUUUGUUCAAAACCAAAUAUAAAACAAACGAACAAUUAAAAUAUCGAAAGAUUUCCAUUGAUCGAAAUCGAUUAAAUAUCGCAAUCGAACAGCAAAAAUUAAGUAAAUUUUGGCAACCAUUAAAGGUAUUGGAACUGUUCAUACUUGGUCAAUCACCAAAUGAAGCUGUAUUUUUCGCUAAACUAGUUGGUGACUGGCGAACAGCAUUAUGUUUAGCAUCUGUCUUGCCACCUCACAAUGGCUUGUACGCAUCGCCGAAAACUCUCAAUGGAUCAUCUCAAUCGUAUUCGCCUUUAAAUACAAUUACAGUCGAUGCACUAUUGUAUACAAAACUUUGUGAAUAUCUUCAAAUAGAUAAUCUGAAAUCAAUCUUGAAACGUUCGUAUAAACAGGAAGAGAUUAUCUCAUUUACUCAAAAUUUAUCAUCAACAUUAGAACAAUUUCUUCUUUGUUCAACCCUAUUACAAGUUCCAUUAACUGAAAUGCUAUUAAAACGUCUCAAUGCCAUCAUGAUCUAUUUAUUCACUGUGAUUCCAAUACCAAUCUCGCCCAAGUAUUACCUUCCAUGUCCACCAAUUUACUCUUCAAUUUUGAACACCUACGACGAUGAUAAAUAUGACAUCACAUGCAAAUAUGAAACACAUGUUCGAUUGAUUUACUAUCGAACGAUUCACAUUUUCAUUCAAAUUCUAUCCGCAAGUCGAAUACAAUUAUCCUGCUUAAAAUGGUAUUUAGAUUAUUUAACCAUGACAAACAAUCGACGCAAACAGUCGACAAACAUCAACGAUAGUUUUCAUUCGCUUCGAACCCUGCUGAAAUCGUUACGCUUUCAUAAACUACCGAAUAUACCAGAUCGAAUCCUUGUAUAUUUUCGAGAUUUCUGCAUAGCGUUAUUCUUACUGGAUACACGCGAUCGUUUAUCAUUGACGUUAAGAACGUAUAUUCGUCAGAAAACUGAAUCGAUUGUCUCAUCCGAUCAACUUGCAUGGCAAAUUAUCAGUUAUGCAACAAUUCUCCUAUCAUUUCGUUGCUUAUUAUCUGAUGAAAUGAAUCUUUUACGUAUUGUACUAAAUCUUUUCUUCGAUUUACCACCAACUGAACAAUUAAUGCGAGCGUUAGCAACACUGAUUGUUACAAGACAAGAAGUAGAGAGCGAUCGAGCGAAUAAUGCAGAAAUUGGAUAUAUUAUUGAGAAACUGAAAGCGAAAUGGAUGCAAAUUAAUCCAACUUUCAUUCACAUGUAUGAAGAUUUCUUGGAAAAGACAAUGGUGCAAGAUGUUCAAGGCGAUAUGGUCAAACAUUACUUAAAUGAUGCAUCGGAUCAACCAGCUCUAUUUGACUUUAAACCAAAAUGGUUCGAAACAUGUGUUGAAUAUGGUGAAUUUAUGACGAUGCUCAUUCCACUUCUUCUCGAUACAUCAUCACUAGCGAAUAUAAAUAAGCAAGAAUUAAAUAAUGAUCAUACGAAAUUCGAUAGUACGUCGAUACCAUUAGUACCAACGAUGAGUGCGCAAUUACGUGAAUUAGAAUUACCCUCUAGUCUUGACAAACGAUAUUUACUUAAACAAGCACCAUUGUUCGUUCCACCAAAUGACUAUGUCGUUUUUCCUGUUCGUAUUUUGCAGAAUGAUCCUCAGCAAACGAUGUUUCAACAACCAGCAAAUAAUGUUAAUCAUGCGACUGUAGGAAGUUUCAUUCAAACGCCAUUGGCUCAACCACCACCAGGUGUCGUGCCUCUUGAACAGCAACAUCGACAUAGCUACCAGAGUUCAGAGGCAAAUAAUAACAAUAUGCAUAUGCACACCAAUGGAAAUCCAUCGAUAGAAUGGGAUGGUCGCUCAGAUGAUCCAUCGCGAUCAUAUGUACGACAAUUUGAUGCUCCAUAUGAUGGUGCAGCACGGCAUAGUAUUUGGAUGACUUCAUGGGCCAAUCGAGGAUUUUCAACCACGACCGAUCAAACCCAAACACCUGGUAUGCGUAUACCUGCAACUGCACAAUUUCUAGCUGCGACUUCAGUGCUCAAUGAUCAACAGCAUUAUGAAACUCUUGUGAAACAGAACUCCCAACAGAACAAAGUUUAUCAUGAUCAAAUAGACAACGAUACAGAUCUAACAGAUGUCACGAAAAACGAAGACGAAGAUGGAGUUGGCACGCAAAGCGAUCUACCGUCAAGUCCUCGUCGACGUGAUGUUUCAUUUCGAAAAAAUUCCUUGGAUGAAAGCAUGUCAUUACCUAUUUUGAGUACUGAUGGUGGAGGAGAUUUCGGUCGCAGUUAUGAUUUUCGUGCACCCUCACGUGAGACGAUACGGGAUGAAACACCAACAUAUGAUAUACGUGACUUUCCUACAGAAUACCGAGAACCAACUAAUCUACAAGGAACAGAUCCACCGUCACAAAUCUCACCACCAACUUCGAAUGGAUUUCAACAGGAUCAACAACACAGCCAUCAUUAUCCAACUCGACAAUCGCUUAGUGAUAGACGAUUCUUUGAUGAUUCGGAUCCAAACUUGAUACCGAGAAUGGAAGAAGAAGAGAGAAACAAAUAUAAUACUUUAGACACCAAUCGAACAACAACACCGAUACAAUCUGCUAAUGGACAUUAUCAGUCUUCUCGUGAUUAUCAACCGCCAUUCAAUGACUCACAAAGCCGUCGCUCACCUACGCGAGAUCUAUACAGUCGUCGUUCUCCAACGCGAGACUCUCACAGACGACGAUCACCGACUCGAGAUCAAUAUAGUCGCCGAUCACCAACACGAGAUCCAUAUCGUCAGCAGCAACAACCUCAUCAUUACCAACCAUUUCCUGAAAUUCCACCAUAUUCAAUGUACGAUCAAGUUCAAGCGCAUGCGCCUGUUCAACGUAGUGUUUCACUACGUUUACCAUUGCUUCGUUUGGGAGGUCCAGUUAUGACUGCGACACCAAUGUUGCCUCAAACUCGUUUCACACCAACAAUGCCUCCAGUUGCUGUCUAUCCUCCCAGGCCGAUCUAUGUUACAGUACCAACACCACCACGUUCUUCAUAUCCUAUGCUUCAUUUAGCUCCUCAAAUGCCUCCACCGGUAUCACUUUCUCCGCAAGCAACACGAGCGGAUCAACAGAGAUUAACCUAUGUACAAAACAUAAUGCAUCAAUAUGCCGAACACAAUCGACCGCGUCUUCAAUUAUUACAGAUGCGUCCACAUCCGAGAACAACGACUACAACUACAGCUGAUCUACAAAUACCAAUGCCUGCUCCAAACAUCGUUAGUAAAUCAUCGGACACCAAGGUUGAUGUUGAUAUACAGGCAGAUCUACCUCGACAAGAUGGAUUUGUUCUUGAGCCGGGCCUGUUUCAAUCGUUGUUACGUGAGACUACUGGUGUUAAUUUUACGUCAGCGGAAGCACACUUCUCUGCUGCUCGGCAAAUACAGCAGCAAGCACUUGAAGCACGUCGUCGCGAACGAUCAACUAUGACAGAUCUACCAGCACAUCAGGUUUUGUACGACUUACAGUACGCUCGUGGUGGGGCAGGAGAUGAACGUAAAUUCGUUAAUGUUACCGAUAUUGCUGGCCCACAUGCCGAUGCCUUACUUGCUCAGAUUGAACGAGAUCAGAAUGAACGAGAACAGGCUCGACUACGUCAACAACAAGAAUAUCAGCAGCAGCAGCCACCACCACCGUCGAUACCUAUGAUCACCAACAUGAAUCAAAUGCCACCAGCAAAUUACCCUAUUGGUUUUGGUCGACAACAUGCGGAAGUAAUGCAACAACAAGCACAAUCUUAUACAACUCAACCGUACUAUCCGUUGGGCUUUAAUCAGCAACAAGCUGAAGUUCUUGAAAAGCCUCCAAGUUUAUAUAACAACGAUGAUUUACAACGACAGAACGAACUUAUCUUAGAACGUCGACGUCUACGAGAGCAAGAAGAGAGGCAAGCAGAACAGAUUGCAUUCGGCAAUAUUGAAACUAAUCGUUCACCUCGAAAAGUGUCAUACGAACCACACGUGCAAACUUAUGAACUAGAUGAAAAAGAUGUUCCUCUGGAAUAUUUGAUACGCUCUCGACGACAAACAGAACCGACUCUAGAUCCUAGUUCACAUAUUGUAGAUCCAAUUUCCGUCCGUUCAAUCACACCUCGUUCGCCACGUAAACAGCCGUCUAGUGAUCGUCCAAUAUCAAUCAAAACAACAACACCUCGUGAUCCGUUCUCUCCACGUAAAACCGUAAGUCAUACGACAUCUCAUACUACCGCCACAACAUCGACAACACCACGCAAAGCUGCUUCUCCUACUAUCGCUGAUCGACACCGCGAAGCUCGUCAGCGGCAACAACAAAUGUUGGCACGUGCCCGUGAACAAAAUGCUCUUCGUUUUGCCGACGCUGCUCUUCAUGGUGAGCCGAUACCGUCGACACGAGCCUUAGAUGAAUUCCAACUUGAAGCGUUAGAAACAAGCUUUACAUCAACUGUAGUUGAAAUGGCAGGUCCUGGAGGACUUAUCAAUCGUACCUAUGAUCUUGAUUUAACUGAUGAUAUAGAUCAGAUGAUUAAUGAUUAUUCACAACAUAUACCAUCAAGACCAAUGUCUGCAGGAACAUCAAAUUUUAAUCAGAAUGCUUCUCAUCGUUCAAUUUCGCCAUCGCCAUUACGUCGAACAUCGUCUGCAUCGUCAGUUCGGUCUCGACCAAUGACACCAAUGGGCAAAGCUAUCGUUCAGGCGAAACACAAAGGUCCACCUCCUGCGCGUAGCAACAUGGCUAGAAAGCGGCCGCUAUCAUCUCCUGCUAAUCUAGGACAUAAGCGAGGUUCACUGAACACGUCAAUCAGGAGUAGUAGUAGCCAACCUCAUCCAAAACUAGUGCGAACUAUACGAAAAGCAUCACCACCAUCACAUAAACCAACAACGUACAAUGAACGGGUGCGUUCUCUGAAUAAAACUCAUAGCGAACCGCAAACAACAACGACGAAAGUGGAUUCUAUGGAUCCAAAAGCACUUAUGCGCUUGUAUGGCACACGACGAGUACCUGGUCUCUAUGUUCCAUAUGAAAAAGCUGAUCCACGCAUAACAAAAACAUACGCCGAACGAAUGCAAGAAUUGCAACAGCCAAUAACGACUGUUCAACCGAGAAGAACUCGACAGUCACAAAAACCACAGGAAAUACAAGAACAAGAGCUCGAACCACGACCUUCGAGUGCUCCAUCAUCCAGUUCCAUUAGUUUAUCCGAUUGGGAAGUUGACGAUCGUGUUAAAAAGAUGCUAGCAGAUGACCAAGACCCAUCAUUGAACAAAAAACUAACUCGAACAAUAACACCCUUAGAAAAUCUUGAUGAACUUGACGACGAAGAACUCAAUAUGGAUGAAACAACAUAUAGUUUAACUCGUGUGACUGAACAGACAAACGACAAUACGUAUGGUGACGAUCUUCGUUUACUUCAAUACCGUCGAUCAAGUGGUUUAAAUACAAAUACAUACGGUGGAACCAGAGUUAGCGCACGUAGUAGCGCUGGUGGUGAUAUGACUGCGCGAGACGAAAGUGAAAUAUCCAAAGCUGAAAGUAGCAUCGACAGUUAUCUCGAUUGGAGUAAUAUCGACAAAAAUUAUCCACUAGGGACAUAA